AUGCGGUCCUUUCAAAAUACUUCCCAAUCUAUUCCAAUCUCAGAUUAUCCGGCGCAAAAGGUCAUAGAUCACCGUUACACACAGUCGAAGUACAAACUGCGCGAUCGACACGAGAUCCGACUCUUCUCGCUAGCUCGUGGCUCACGGGAUACUCCCAUCGUGGGCUCGCUAGCUACGGUGCAAAUAGGCGGACAAAGCGUCGAUUCAACGGGAACAGAUGACGCCCUAUCUACGCCGGAGUAUGAAGCUCUGUCAUACUUCUGGGGGGAAGGGCGGGGCUGUGAAAUCGCUCUCAACGGCCGACCAUUCAAGGUCACGUCAAACCUGUUCUCUGCACUUCAACAGCUGAGGCUCGAAGAUCGCGAUCGAGUCCUCUGGAUCGAUGCGAUUUGUAUCAAUCAGGAUGACUAUGAAGAAAGGGGCCACCAGGUGUCUUUGAUGCGACGCAUCUACGAAACGGCUGCUCAUGUUAUCAUUUGGUUGGGAGAUGCAAGUAAGCAGAGUAGCGAAGGUCUCGAGGAGCUUCGUAACCUCUUCACCGCAAGCUCUCGCUGGGAUAAAGCCGAAAUUUUGUUCGGCCGGAACCCGACUGAAGGUCUUCAGGACAUUUUCACACGGCCGUGGUGGCGACGAAUUUGGGUGGUACAGGAAGCCGCAGUCGCAAUGAAACUCACAUUUAUUUGCGGCGCAGACAUCCUCGAGGUGCCUGCGAACCGUGAAGAUCUGAAGCAACUAACAGAUGCACUCCAAAGCGCUCGCACAUUACCCGGCAAAGACAACCCAGACGUUAGCUCCAUCUUCCUGGACCAGAUUCUAAGCCUCCUUCAACUACAGCUAGAUCGAGGAGGGGCUGUGAGGUCUAGAUUAUCAGACCUUAUCCACACAUACAUACUGCGCCAAUGCUCCGAUCCCCGGGACAGAGUCUUCGCUUUGCUUGGACUCUCGCGGACAUCUGAUGCAUCUGCGAAUCCCCCGGAUUACGCUCUGACCGUUGAGGAAGUAGCGGUAAGACUACUCUGCCAUGCAGCAAACGACAUCGACGAUGAUGUCGUAGCCAGCAGAGAUGUUUCAGGACCGCUUCAACUAGAGUCGCCCGACUUCCCAGACGACGACGCCUGGCAGCUGGAAAAGAUAUGCAUGUCCUUGAUCGGUAGGAACCGGCAGAACAGAGUCUUCAAGGCGUCGGGAAAUUCGAACAUCGAUUUGAAGUGGUAUUGCAUUCCGCAUAUACCAGCGAAGCUUCAGUUUGCGGGAGUAAUCGUAGACGCAGUUUCGUCCUUAGGUUCGGUUUCUGCCAAUAUCCAGGAACUGAGUUUAUUGUCGAGGACGUCGACGUGCUCCAAAUGUCGUGAUCAGGACCGCCAUCGCCAACUUUUCACCCAAGAUUUCAAUCGAUUUAUGAACACUCGCGGACCUGCCAAUACAUUCAGGUGGGGAUAUCUCGUCACGGAGCGAGGGCACAUUGCACUCGUUCCUUCGCAGAGCGCUCCUGGGGACAAAGUCUGCAUCUUGCUGGGAUUUCCAUUACCUUUCGUUGUGAGACCGAGCAGUAUAGAUGGAGCCUAUGAUAUCCUCGGCGAAUGUUACAGACAUGGCGUAAUGAACAGCGAAGCGGUCGAAUUUGAGGCAGCCGAGACAACUUUCGAUGAUAGCGUUUGGAUCUGGGAUCAAGGUUUUUUGCAUCGGAAGAGGAGACACGCAUUUUCGAUAUCAGAUCGUUCUCGUGCGCGGCCAGGCUUAUCCGGCGAAACCCAACUUGCUAGAGGAUUGAUCAUUGAGAAGAUUGUCUUGAAUAGUUGGAUACCGCCCGCUGGGCUUAGCUGA